CGGUGAUGUGACGCAAUCGGUAAAUAUUUAUCUUUCCCAAACCGAUGGUCAGUUUUCCGCGUUGCGUGUUCCUGCUCCAUCCACCCGCUUAGCGAAUUAAAUUGAAGAUUAAAAUAGUCUCCAACAAAUAUACAAACAGUGCGCAAACGUAUCUGUAUUUACUCAAAGAUAAUCCCGAUAAAAAUAUUGUGAGUUGGUACGUAAUCGACAGUCUAGCUAAAAGCCAGAAAAUGCCCGAAGAACUAAGUAAAUUACCCAAGCCCCAAAUGCGACGCUUGCUGUACGGUCAGAUUAGAAAAAAUUUGAUUCUAACUGGAAUAAGUGUCACCAUUGCAGGGCUGUACAUGAGGCUUGUUUUUGGUGAUGGCAACAAAAGGGAGUACGCCGAGUUCUACAAAAAUUACGACAUUAACAAAGAAUUUCACCGCAUUCGAAGGAAGGGCCUGUUUGACUCAUGUGAUCCCAACGACGACGCGGAGUGAAGUUUAAUUGAUGCGUGUAGUUCUAUGGUCUAGUUUAAUUAAAAUCUUAAAGUAACAA